ACUACGCAGCUCGUUCUACUUUUGCACUGUCGAUAUUUCACCGCUCGCGAAUGUAUGACGUAUCAGGUAAAUCUUCAAAUCGACUACAAUAAAAAAAAAAACGACAGCAAACAACCAAAUUUUGAUUAAAUUGCGUUUAGGAUUUGUGGUUUAAAAAGAAAAUCUCGUCUGGUGUUUUUCACUUCGAACGUUGCGACUGAGCAAAACACCUGUCGAAGCCAGGAUGGCGAGCACUGACUUCACCCAGAAAAUGCUGCGGGCUGUUCUCCAGUCCAGCAAGGAUGGUGUGUCCAUUGAAAGCCUGCAGUCUGACUACAGCCAGCUGUGUGGAGAAACUAUCCCGCAUAGAAAACUGGGCUAUGCAAAGUUGGAGGACUACCUUCGCAGCAUCCCUUCAGUCGUGCGCAUGUCCUUCUACCAAGGCCAGUUGCGGUGCUUUGCUGGAGUUUGCGAACAGACAGCGCAUGUGGCAGAACUGGUCGCCAAACAGAAGAGCACAAAGAAAUCAGGGCGCUCCCAGCUGGUGAACUGCAGGAUGAGAUUCAAGUCCUCGGAUCCUUAUAUGCUGCUCAAUUGGAGGCAAAGAUCUUCAUUGCGUCAACCUUCAGCCUAUACCACCACUAGCUUUUCAUCAAACCAGUUUAGGUCCCGUGGUGGCUUCAGAGGUUUCAGCGCUGCGGGAGAUUUCAGGCAGUUGGAUCAAAGAUUCAGCUCAGUGACGCCUGUUCAGCACAGACCACCUGCCGUGGCAAAAGUGAACCGAAAGAGGGAGAACUCUGUGCCCAAUGAUGAUAAACCUAAAGGUUGCAUUUUAAAGAGCCUUGACUUGCACCGCAGUGCUGGUCUUCACUUGAUUACUUUGCCAGGACAGCGCUCCUGCAGGAGCCAAGUGUCCUCACGCUUGUCAGCUGAGUGGUUGCUGGUUUACACCCACCAAAACAACUUAUUCUCGCCUCUCAAGUCAGCAAAACCCCCAGCGCCUUUGCCGUCCUCCAAACAGCCUCAGACGGACCUUUAUGAUGUGAAGCUGAUGAAACGGAGGAUAAGUUCAAUCCUGAAGAGAUACUGCUGUGGCCUCUGGCUCUCCAAGCUGCCAGACGUCUACAAACAAAUGUUUCAGCAGACACUUCACCCUCAAGUGCUCAUUGAUUUGAAAAAGUGGACCGAUGUUUGCAUGGUAGAACAAACCCUUUCAUCCAACAGCCUACUUUAUCCUCCUCGACCUGCCAAGUCGUCUGUUCCUCACACAAACGCCCAAAAAAGUGCUCCGUCAUCACAGCAUCCAUCUACUCCUUUGACUCCAACUCCUUCUCAGACGCAGACUUCUGAAUGUUUGCCUCUGCCUACACUCAUCCCCCCUCAGCCUCCUAGCCCGACCAAUCCGCAGGUCAACCGCAGUGGAAACUCUGCUGUAAACAAACACAUCCAUCAAACACAACCUAUUGUCCAAAACUCCACAAGUAUUCCUCUUUUGGCUUCACUCAACAAACGUGGCCCGGAAUUUCCGCCAGUUAAGAAUACCAACGGUGCCCCCAAUGCUUCCACUCACGGAGAUUCAUCUCCAGAUGUGUCCACUGAAGUUCGCACCAGGCUGAAAGAGCUGCUGUUGAAGUACAGUCAUGGAUUGUGGGUCCAUGCUUUGCCCAAACUUUUCAUCGACACGUACAAGACUCCAUUCCCCAAAGAAAUUCUGGACAACAUUUCCCUUCUGUUAGAACUUUGCAGUGUGGAGUAUCCAAAUGCAAAUGACAAAAGCAAGGCUAUCCUUUACAACUCAAAUAAAGAAAGCAGGAAACCCCCGGACUCUGAGGGGGGUCAGUACAGAAAUCCCCCGCCGCCAUCUGGUGUCGAAGUUUUGAGCUGCAUGAUUCCUGACUCUUUAACUUUGCCGUUGGAGCAGUUCUCCUCUGUGCUUGUUACAGAUUCCAGAAACGGACACACUGUUACCGUAAGGUACAUUGGGGCGAAAUAUUCCGGGGAACAGGAGUUGAUGGAGGAGUCCAUGCGCUCCUUCUAUUGCAGAACUGCAAUCCACAGAAAACAGGCCAAACUUGCGGUCGGUCAGCUUGUUGCAAUUCAGGGUGAAGAGGCAGAGGAGCUGGCCAGAGCGCAGGUCACAGAGAUCAUGUCAGAGGAAAACAAAGUCAAGAUAUAUUAUGUGGACUAUGGAUUUUUUGCUGAAACAGAUGCAACCAGUGUUCUCGAGAUACACCCCAACUUCUGCAUACUGCCUUUUCAAGCGGUUAAUGUUCUACUUGCAGGCUUGGAGGCAUUCAGCACCCAUCCUUUAGUGCUAUCCACUUUGGACAAGGUGGCAGUUGGAAAGAUCUUGGUGAUGGAAUCACUGGAGGCCUCUCAACAGAACAGCGUGCCACAAGUUGUUCUGUAUGACACGUCACAGGAUGAUGACAUUAACAUAAACUCCACGUGCCUGAAGGCCUUACAGGACGAGUCGAUGAACAACCCUUUGAUCAUUGACUCCAUCAGUCAGCAGGUUAGUGUCACAUAUGUCUGCACAGAUGGAACCAUCUACUGCCAGGUGCCCUCCAGAGGAACUGCGAGACUUGAGAAGCUGCUUGAUCAGACGGAGGCAUUUUUCAGGGCCCAGACAACAUCUGAGUCUCUAGUAUCGAGACCUUUCGCGGGCAAGCUUUGUCUGGCUCGAUGCAAAGGAGAAUGGUCAAGAGUUGAGAUCACUAACCUGUAUGGAAACAGAGUGAUGGAGGUCUUCUACAUUGACUUGGGUCUCUCUGCAACCAUAGAGGUUACGGAUCUUCGUGAAUUUCCUCCACCGCUUAUCGAGGACUUGACUGUCAUUCCCCCACAGGCCAUUAAAUGCCGACUUGCUUCCAUGAACAUUCCGUCAAGUAACUGGACUGUUGAGAUGGUCUCAUUCCUGAAAGAGGUCAUCAGUGGUGUUCCACACUGUAAGAUGAAGAUUGAGAAGUUAGAGCAGCAUAAAGAGGAGAGGUUGGUUCAUAUGUACCUCUUUAUUGGAGCUGAUUCUCAAGAGCUGAGCAAGAGCAUCAACUACCAGUUGUCUCAUUCAGAGAUGUGGAGACAGCUCGUGUCCCAGAGUGAGCGCCACGCCAGCAACAGUGGACGUCAUGAUGUGGACGACGGGAAUCUGUCAAACGGCUCAAAACAUGCAAACCCUAACAUGGAGCCCAGCGUGCCUCUAACUCUGGAGCUCCCUCAGCCCGGGCAGAACAUGGAUGUGUUUGUGCCAGUGGCCUGCCACCCCGGCCACUUUGUGCUGCAGCCCUGGAAGCACAUGCAUAAACUAGUGGUCCUGAUGGGCGAGAUGAUGCUCCAUUACAACCGACCACAGGAAUCCACCACGUGUCUGCAGGUUAAGAAAGGGGAGAUGUACGCUGCCAAAAUAGACAAGACUUGGCGCCGUGCACUAGUGAAGGGAACCCUCGCCAAUGGGUUGAUUUCCGUUUACGAGUUGGACUAUGGCAAGCAUGAGAUUGUCCGCAGCUCCUCCUUGAGACCUUUGGCAGAGGAAUUCAGGCAACUUCCUGUUCAGGCCAUCGCAGCCCAACUCGCAGGUGUGAAGCAGCAGACGUGGUCUGAAGCGGCUUCCAUGUUGUUCAGAAGCCAUGUGGAGAAAAAGGCACUUGUUGCCCAGGUGGAAAGUGUCCAAGAUUUAUCUGAGGUCAAAGGUGAGCCCUGGGCGCGGAAGUUGACCGUUUUUCUCGUGGACACUGGAGUGAAUGACCAGGACCUCUGGAUUCACAGCAUCAUUCAUAACAUUGACAGUGAGCUUACUUCAGCUGCCUAGAGACUGAAGAAAGAAAACUCAUUUUUCUCUGUUCUGUUUGCUCCUUUUCUGAAGAUGUUUGCCUGUUUACCUUGUUUGUCAAUUUUCUUUUGCUGGCAACGCUUGUUAUGAAAGUCCUGUUUUAUUCAAAAUAAAUA